UCUCUGUUUCUCGCAAAAGGUCUGCAACAUCGAAGAAGAAAGAGCUAUGGCGACGAUGAAACUUGCGGCGGCCCAGAUCGAAACCUAAUCUCCACUUCCACCUUACAGUCUUCAGUCGUGUAUGUAUUUGUUCAUCUCUCCUAAGUGUCGUCUCUCCUAAUCUCCACAUCCCUAUCUAGCAUUCCUUCCUAAUCUCAGUCUCACGUUCCGUCUAUCCCUAAUCUACCAGACUCCCCAGUCUCUCAUCGCAGAUGUGGUUCAGAAGUAAGGUCUCAUCUUCACUACAGAACUGAGGCAAUGCUAGUUGUUACUAAUUGAUAUGGCUAUAUUGAUUAGUCACAAAUCUCGGAAAGAUGCUUGAUCGAGCAUGUUUGGUGCAAGGAGAUGCAUUCAGCUUAUACUUCCAUGCUUAUCCUUCUAUCGCAGUUUCAAUCCAGCGUUGAGUUUCCGUUCCGUGUGUUCACCUAUUUUCAGAAUAAGUAGAAGUUACCUUGCAACAGAUGCAUCUCCUGAUAAAGGUAGUGUGUCAGAUAAAGUAUUGAAUGACUUUCUUUCAGUCAUUGAAAAUGAAUUGGCACCGAGUAUGGAAGUCUGCUCUUCAUACAUUGAUAAGAUGUGCAACGCUGGGAAUCUUUCUGCUGCAAGAGAAACGCUAGAAGUGUUGCAUGAGAAGAACGUUUACUUUUCCUCUAAGUUGUAUGCCCGCCUAUUAGCAAUGGCCAGUCAGAAGAAGGAUAUUGAUCUUUCAUGUCAAGUUUUCAAGAAAUUGCUGUUGUCCAAUGAAUCCAUAGGUACAACUGUGUAUCUUAACUUUUCCCAAGCUUUCAUAGAGAUGAGUGAUUGUGUGGAGCUGCUAAGAUUUGUUAAAGAAGUAUUAGAGACGACUCGUUCAAGUACAUCAGUUGUGAACAGGAUAAUUUUUGCCUUUGCCAAAAGUGGGCAGCAGGACAAGGCAUUAUUUAUAUUUGAUCAUCUUAAAAUAGCGAAUUUUAGUCUGGAUUUGAUAACAUACAACAUUGCUUUAGAUAUUUUAGGUCGUUCAGGUCGUGUGGAUGAAAUGCUUGGUGAGUUUGCAUCUAUGAAGGAAGCUGAUAUUGUCCCAGAUUUCAUUUCUUACAACACUUUAAUCAACAGCUUGCGAAGGGUUGGAAGAUAUGAUUUGUGUUUAUUGUACUUUAGGAAGAUGGUUGAGAGUGGAAUUCAACCAGAUUUGCUUACAUAUACUGCAUUAAUUCAGAGUUUUGGUCGAUCAGGAAAUGUUGAGGAAUCAUUGGAACUUUUCAAGCAGAUGAAGAUGAUGAAGAUUCGUCCUUCCAUAUAUGUCUAUCGAUCACUAAUUGCAAGCUUAAAUAGAGCAGGAAAGUCUGACGUGGCAGCAGAACUUUCGGAUGAGAUGAAUUCAUCUGCGACUUGCCUAGCUAGGCCAGAGGAUUUUAAACCAAAAAAAAGCCAAGGGAAAUCUUAAAGACCAUGGAUAAUCACUAACUUGGAGCCUAUUAAAUAGCCCUGCGAGGUGUCUUCUGAGCUGUCUGAAAUAUAGCCAAGUUGUCUGAAAUAUAGGUUAGUGCUGUCAACUAAUGAAUUAAGGGGCAUUUACCUGUACAGGAUGCUUAUACAACCUUUGUACGUGUUGAAAUCCUGAGGAUUCGAGAAGGAUGUAACGUCGUCCCUUUCCCUUUUUCUUCUAUAUUCGUGUACAAGAGAUAGUGUGUUACUAUGUUUAUAUGUGAUUGCUUUCUGAUUUUAUCAGCAAACUAGACAUUUUUAUUGUAUUAUUCUUUAUAAUUUACGAAUUGUGUGUCUUUUUAAUAAAUUUUAUACUUUGCAUUGA